AAGUUGAAAAUCAUAAUUCGUUUCAGGAAUUGAAAACUAAAAGUUCUCAAAAAUGAUGAAAUUUAUCUGCACUUUGGCAAUUAUUCUCGUUAGCAUUGCAUAUGCAAGCGCUAGUAAAGGUAGAAUUGUUGGUGGCUCUCAUGCACCUGAAUCAGCCUUCCCAUACCAAAUUUCAUUGCAAAGAAACGGAUAUCAUACUUGUGGUGGAUCAAUUUUAAAUGCUAAAUGGAUUCUUACUGCUGCUCAUUGUGUUACAGAUGCUGAAGGUAGACCACCAAAUCCAGCUCAUGAAUUCAAUGUACAAGCUGGUAGCACUGUUUUAAGACGUGGUGGUGUAAAUCGUAGAGUUAAAAGAAUUAUAGUUCAUCAACAAUAUGGAAAUUUCCUUAAUGAUUUAGCUUUACUUGAAUUAACUGAACCAUUGCCAUUAGGUAAUGGUAUUAAACCAAUUCAAUUGGAAACUGCUGAUACAGCACCAAAUGUUCCAGUUGUUAUUUCUGGAUGGGGAAAAGAAGGCAAUAACAAAGAUAUUUCACAAACUUUAAAAUACAAUUGGGUCAGAUCAAUUAGUCAAGCUGAAUGUGGACGUUUAGCAGGAUUAAAUCGACCAGAAGUUAUCUGUUUUGUUAGUCCAGUACAAAAUGGUGCAUGUAUGGGUGAUUCCGGUGGUCCAGCUGUUCACAAUGGUAAAUUAGUUGGUGUUGCAAGUUUCGUUUUGGAAGGUUGUGGUUCACAAAAUCCAGAUGCUUAUGUUAAAGUAUCACAUUUCAUCAAUUGGAUUAGAGCUUAUUCUUCACAAUAAUUUUGUAAAGUUUUUUAAUUUCUUAUUUUUAAAUUUGAAUUUAAAAACAAAAAUUUGAGUUUUUCAUUUUAGGUUCUCUAUCCUUUUUUUUGAGAACCUUUUAAUAUCACAAAAUUAUGUCGAAAUUCUUGUAAAAUAUUCCAAUAAAGAAAAAAAUUGUUAAAAAAUAACUAAAA